AUGCUGCCCCUGGCUACACACCCGGUAGGACGAGCACUGGUUCUGACUGCAUUGCCUGUGCUUAUUGUUCUCUUGUGGUGCUCUGUGCCCCUGCGCACUGACACGGUCAUUAGGCCGGAUGGGCCGGUGGAGCGGCUAAACUUUUGGUUUUUCCUUUUCUUCUAUUACGGCAUCUACAAUGCCGUGGCGUUGUCUCUGGUGACGCAGAUAUUCCAUGUUUACUCAUUGACGUGGUGGCCACGGUCUAUGUCUGGAGUUCUGGCCAAUGUCAUUUCGUGGGUGUUUACCACGUCCCUGGGUGCCCUGGUCUACAUGCUCGACACGGGCAUCGAAAAGGACCCGCUGAUGUGGACAUCCCUGACCUUGCUGACGCUGUUUCUGCCCGUGCUGAUAUCGUUUGUCAGCAUCCAGCAGCAUCACCGGCGGUCAAAGCGUAGGCUGCAGGGCUCGGCCGAGGAGCGGCCCCUGGUUGCCACAGCUACGGAAUGGCGCACGCCCACGUCGUAUCGCCGCUUCCUCUGGUUCUGCUCCUCUUUCCUCCUGUGGUACGCUGCUUUGGCAUCCGGCGAGUACCUCGCGUACGUAUACACGGAGACCCUGCCGCACUCGACCAAAGACGGGUUCUACUACGUGUACUCGUGGAUUGCCACCGUCAACAUACUGUCUGCCACUGCCAGCUGGGUAGUCAGCACCAAGGUGCGCUCUUGGCCACUGCAACACAUCUACACGCUGUACUUCUUCAUGACGUACUUUAUCUUUUAUCGCAACCUGUUCUCGCGCUUGCAGAACCCUGAGCAGGUUGUGUUUAUUCAGCUGGUGUCAUCUCUGUGGGUCGUCUUUAUUUAUCCGCUGAGAAUGGCCCAUUGGGUCUAUCGCUGCCAGGCCUUUGUUUGCCGCUGGGGCGACGACUACCCGUACGAUAUCUAUGUCAAGCAACUGGGGAGGGCGUUCUUCUUGCGGAACAAGGCCGAGAAUGCCACCAUGCUAGGGUUCCUGUGCUGGGUCACAGUUUUGCAUUUUGGCCCCAAUCGCCACCACUAUCCACAUUUCCGAUUCAACCCGAGUGACGAUGAGUUCAACUACAAGUAUGGCCUGAUUGUGCGUGCCUCGGUGUACGUGUGGAUCAGCGAGCUGAUGUCGGGUCGAGUUGUUAGGUGCCUGUUCAGGUGGAUCUACAAUCACAAUAUCAGCUGCGAGGCCGUCGAUGAUUUCCGUCGCUAUCCGCAUGUCGUGCCAGUCAUGGUUCUGGUGACAAUUCACGUUCUGCAAAAUAUACUAUUUGGCAUGAUUCACCUGGACUUUAGCUAG